AUGGCUGCCUCAACAUCGUCUCUGCGCGCCCUCGUGGCCCUCUGCGUCCUCGCCAUGCUCCAGUGCACCCUCGCCUUCUCCAUGCCCGGCUUCGGCGCUGCCCUCGCCCCGCGGCAGAGCCCCAACGCGGGCGUCCCCGCUGGCACCGCCGGCACGGCCGUCACCUGCGCCGAUUACUCGCGCGUGGCCAACAUGUCCAUCAUCGGCCUCAACUCGACCCUGCGCGGCGCCUUCCUGCGCUCCGCCCCGCACGGCACCGACGCCGCCUCGGCCCUGCUUGACACCCAGUCGCCUAAGCUGCCCGCCUACCAGUUCAACGUCGCCCUCAACGCCCAGUGCGGAAACCUCACCACCGUCGCCUUCCAGGGCGCAGACUUCAACCUCAGCCGCGGCAUCGUCGCAGAGUUCACCAUCCUCCCGGCCCCCGGCAUCGGCGUCGAGGGCCUCACCACCCUCAUCCUCUGCAUCGGCAUUGUCUUGUUCAUGGGCGGCACCUUCAUGACCAUGGAGUGA